ACGCCUAGCUCGUCUUUCGUCUCUGUGUGCGCGUGUUGUUUUUUUGGCUUCUUUUUCGCUUGCCAUUCGCGUGGAGGCGUUUCGAAAAGUUUGCUCGGCUCUCCCCGAUCGAGAGAGAGAGAGAGAGAGAGAGAGAGAGAGAGAGAGAGAGCAGCGGAGGAGAUGGCGGCGGCGGCGGCGGCGGCGACCAUAGGGAUGAUGGACAGCGCGUACUUCGUCGGGAGGGGGGAGAUCCUCAGCUGGAUCAAUGCCACCCUCCAGCUCUCCCUCGCCAAGGUCGAGGAGGCGGCGUCAGGGGCGGUGCAGUGCCAGUUGAUGGAUAUGGUUCACCCUGGGGUGGUGCCAAUGCACAAGGUGAAUUUUGAUGCUAAGACCGAGUAUGACAUGAUCCAGAACUACAAGAUUCUUCAAGAUGUGUUCAACAAGCUGCGGUUGAGCAAGAAUAUUGAGGUCAACAAGCUUGUCAAGGGACGUCCAUUGGAUAACCUGGAGUUUCUGCAAUGGUUGAAAAGAUAUUGUGAUUCUGUAAAUGGUGGAAUCAUGAAUGAAAACUACAAUCCUGUAGAGAGGAGGUCUAAGGGUUGCAAAGAACGCAGUCUCAAAGGUUCCAACAAGUCGUCCAAAUCACUACAAGCUAAUAGAUUGUCUAGUGCAAAUUCAGCUGAUGGAGGUCCAUGCGUUGGUAAAGUCAAUGUUAUCUCUGAAGAGCAUUACAUAGAACAGAUUCAGCAAUUAUCUGAGAAGAUUGCAGGCCUGAAAAUUUCUAUGGAUAGCGCGGAGAAAGAAAGAGACUUCUACUUUUCUAAGCUGCGCGACAUUGAGAUACUGUGUCAAAGACCAGAGUUGGAGCAUCUUCCGAUGACCAAGGCUGUACAGAAGAUACUUUAUGCGGCUGAUGCAAGAGAUUCGCCAUUGCCUGAGGCUAAUGAAAUAAUCACCCGGUCACCAAGCAUGUUCCCAGAUGAAGCCUAGGGAGAAAUGGCAUCAAUACACUCUUAAGCUAUAUUUAGAUAAUUUUGUGGCUAUCCUAUUUUGUCGAAUCGUUGUAAAUGAGUAAAUAACGCUUGACAUUAGCUACUUGUGGCAAGUCCACCGAAGAUAUCUUCGGUUCUGACUUGAAUGUCAACUUCCUAGAACUAGUUGUGAACUGAAUAUGCAUUAGCAAUGCUCUUCUCUCGUUUCUGAUCUCCUUGGAGAUAUUUUAUGGCAUUCGACAGCUCGUAACUUGCUUUUUUUCUGGAA